AUGAGGUACCAUAACUUGCAAGCUGCCAUCCAACUGGCAGUUUUCUGGGCCUCUGCGAGCACGUUUGCAAUAGACCCUCAGAAUGCGGCCAGCGCCUAUCUUGACUCCCUUCCCAUCACGACUAUCUCCGGAAAUGUCGCCGGAAGACCAACUGAUUUGGCGGAUGCCCGCGCCGCAGUAUUGGCUGGUAAUUAUACAUCCAAGUUAAAUGACACUACGAGACAACGUUGCCCUACAAGUUGUAGUAGCGUGGGCCUCGAGACUCACAAUUGGUUCUCCUACUCGGAUUUGAAACACCUCGAAGAUUGCGAAAAGCCUAUGCUUCUAGACUUCGCCUUGUUCAACCUUGUUCAUGACAAAAAGUCGCGGAUUAGUAUUUCAGCAUGUACCUCAGACUUGCAGCAGUUGAGUCUUUUUAAAAACAGUAUAGGGUCAUGUGUACGUGAGGGCGUACAGCUGACCGAAACCACUUCCCCUGUGCAGUUUUCCAUGUCUGGCGAUUCUGCCUCUAGGCAUGUUAUGGAUGUCACUACAACACUCGACCAACUACGCGUAUUCACAUCUUUGUCAGAGCCGUAUUGCAAUGAGACGAUAAAAUAUGCCUACUCUGGUAAUGUUGUUAUUGGGGUAUACGCCGGGUCUGGUCUUGCUAAUCAGCAUGUUGUUCCGUCUAUUCUCGAAAAAUUAAGUCUUCAAAUCAAGAUCGACGGUAGCAUUCAUGAGAAUCUCUUAGUUCAGAUGUGCAGUAGUAUUUCGUCUAGAUACUCAUUCGGUGUCUUUGUUAACACAAAGAGAGAUCUGGGUUCUAUCCAGCUUGGUCUUCAGACAUGGAAGAAUGGAAGCUGCGUAACAACAAUGGACAAGACUAUCCUGACCUGGCAGAAAAUUGCGUACCUCAUGCCAUCUGCAGAACAUGGCAAUCACACCUUCAGCAGCAAUUCAACCUUGCUAUCGUCAAAGUCUCGCUUGAAACUUCGGGAUGAGGCUUGUCGUACAAUUCAAGUGCACGGCGGCGACUCAUGCGGCUCGCUCGCCAGCGAAUGCGGCAUCUCACCAGACGACUUCACAAAGUAUAACCCUAGUUCGACCCUGUGUGGGACUCUCACUCCAGGUCAACAUGUUUGCUGCAGUUCUGGAAAACUUCCCGAUUUCCGGCCCAAGCCAGAUGCGAAAGGCUACUGCCAUCCUUACCUGGUUAAAAGGGGUGAUUCAUGUUCAUCUAUAGGGGCAGCCUAUAGCAUAACUAAUGACGAUAUUGAAAAGUAUAAUGAGAAGACAUGGGGCUGGAAUGGGUGUCAAAAGCUAUUUGCCGACUACACCAUCUGCCUGAGUAAUGGCUAUCCUCCCAUGCCGGCAACCGUACCCAACGCCAUGUGCGGACCACAAGUUAAUAAUACAGCGUCAACGCCACCUGGAACUGACUUGAGCUCUCUGAAUCAAUGCCCCCUUAAUGCUUGCUGCAAUAUCUGGGGCCAGUGUGGCACAACAAGCGAAUUCUGCACCAUCUCCAAGUCCAGUACAGGAGCCCCUGGCACAGCGGCUCCGGGAGAAAACGGCUGUAUCUCUAAUUGUGGUACAGACAUUGUCACGUCAAAGCCCCCUGCGAACACAUUUCAUAUUGCGUACUUUGAAGCAUUUGACUGGAAGCGUCGCUGUUUACACAUGGCAGUCACCGAUAUUGACACUUCGACCUACACUCAUAUCCACUUUUCAUUCGUCACCCUUGAUGGGGACUUUUCUAUCAACACCAAAGAAGUGGGUGAUCAGCUACCAUUGCUACAGGGAAUGAUCGGAAUCAAGCGUAUUGUGUCGGUUGGUGGCUGGGACUUCUCUACUAACCCGAGCACCUACACUAUCUUCCGCGAUGCCAUGACGUCGGAGGCAAAUCGCCAGACAUUAGUUUCCAAUGUCAUCAAGUUCUUAACUCAUUAUGACCUGGAUGGUAUUGACUGGGACUGGGAAUACCCGGAUGAGCCCGAUAUUCCAGGAAUACCCUCUGGCUCUCAGGCAGAGAGCAUUGGAUUCUUCCUAUUUCUCGACGAGCUAAAGAAAAAGAUGCCCUCUGGUAAAACGGUUUCUGUAACAGCUCCAGCGUCAUUUUGGUACCUUCAACACUUCCCUAUUCAGGCUCUGAGUCUGGUCGUCGACUAUAUCGUGUACAUGACGUACGAUCUGCACGGUCAAUGGGAUUAUGAUAAUAAGUGGGCGAGUCCAGGAUGUGUGUCAUUCUCUGAGGGCCUUGGAAACUGUUUGCGGUCUCAUAUUAAUCUUACCGAAACCAUCAAUGCACUUUCCAUGAUCACAAAAGCAGGAGUUCCAGCCAACAUGAUUGCUGUUGGCUUAAGCAGUUACGGACGUUCAUUUCAGAUGACCAACCCUAGCUGCUGGACAGAGCAGUGCACCUACACAGGCCCUCAGUCAGGAGCAUAUCCUGGUCUCUGCACUAAUACUUCUGGUUACAUUUCCGACUAUGAAAUCGGUGUAAUAGCAUCUCAAAAUCCAUCAGCGCAGCAUUACUGGGAUGCUGGUUCCUACUCUAAUAUUCUCGUCUUCAAUGACACGCAGUGGGUUGCUUAUAUGAAUAAGUCUAACAAGGCAACCCGCAAAUUUCUCUAUCCAGGGCUCAAUUUCCUCGGAACUGCAGACUGGGCGGUUGACCUGCAGUCUGAGCAUGGUAGCCUUCCGGGCGCAGGAUCUGAAUCAUCAGGCGAGACUAUUUACAUAGACCCAGGCGUCUGGUCUUCUGCAGCUGCCAAAGUGGUGGCGCCGCCAGGCGCGACUCUUAUCUGGCCACCAAUGCCUCUUUCGACCACGACUACAAUUAAUUUCCCCCCCUGGACUACAACUGUCUCAUACUCGAGACUGACAACCAAGACAAGUACCUUGGCGGACGGCUCGAAGACUAUUCGUCCGUAUUACGUUUGGAUAUCAUGGCUAACAACUCUCACAAUUCCACCAGUGACAACAACGCGUAUUCCUGUAUGGGGAGUGUCUCUAGACAAAAGCUCUUCAGCUGGUACGAUUUACCUCACGAGUUCUGUGCAGCCGCCGCCCUUUCCUGUUACCAUCACUCCCAUUAUUGGCGGAACGACUUCUAUCGUCAGUGCUACCAAAACCACUACCAUUUUAGGCGGUGCUAUUAUAUGGGGUUCUUUUACGUAUACUAAACCUCAAGAGACGGAAACCCUGGGAGGGUCAACGACUGUCAUCGGCGGCAGGACUCUCGCCCCCACGGUUAUUACUGUCACUCCCAAUCCCCAUCCUACCACGGUGCCUUCGACAACAGACCCGAUUAUCAACCCUCACACGGUGGUGUGGACGUCAGGCACAGAUCCAACGCCAACCGCAUCACGAGGCUGCAUUGGAUGUGGCUCGCCCUGUCGUCUUUUCUGUGAUCCAGACUGUCCACUCUGCCCCCCCGGCAUCUUUGGCCCUCCGGGUGGUGGUAGUGCUGGCGGCGGUGGUGAGGACGGUGAUGACGAGCGGACGUCAACGAGGAGUACGGACUCACACGAUCGUUACACAGUCUUGCUGGAGGGCGUGAUUGCCGAUGACAUAUUCCCCACGGGGUUCGCAGAUAUAGCCGAUCUGUCUUCCCUAUGGUCGCAAGACAUGUCGUUGAUGAGCGCUUCAUGGGGGCCACCAAAGCCGACCAAGACUAGCAAGCCGGCCCCUACCACGAUUCCAACCGCCCACCUUCCAAAACAGACUUGCAAGUCUCAUAAGGACUGCUCUGGACCUUGCAUUCUUACGGGAUUCGUUUUGGCAUGUGUCGAUAAUAUCUGUCAUUGCGAGUUUCCGAACCCGCCAUCAGGUGAUAUUCUCUGCACAACGGAGUCGGACUGUAGUCAGUAUUUGUGCGAUGAUGGCGGACUAGCAUCUUGCGUGAACGGGGCGGCGGGUGAUCCUUUUACGAGUCUUUGUGAAUGUUAG